GUUUAUCUGGGGGGGGAGGAAACGUCUCGGUGAGAAGAGGAACCUGGAGAAUGAAGUGCGGGACCUGAGGGGACAGGUGGCCAAGCUGGAAAGCGCCUUGAGCGAAGCCAAGAAGCAGCUGCAGGACGAGAUGCUGCGCCGCGUGGACGCCGAGAACCGCCUGCAGACUCUGAAGGAGGAGCUCGAGUUCCAGAAGAACAGUUACAGCGAGGAGCUGCGGGAGACCAAGCGCCGGCACGAGACGCGGCUGGUGGAGAUCGACAACGGGCGGCAGCGCGAGUUCGAGAGCAAACUCUCCGAGGCCCUGCAGGAGCUGAGGAGCCAGCACGAAGCCCAGAUCCGGCUCUACAAGGAGGAACUGGAGAAGACCUAUGGGGCCAAGCUGGAGAACGCCAAGCAGUCGGCGGAGAGGAACAGCAACAUGGUGGGUGCUGCCCACGAGGAGCUGCAGCAAACCCGCAUCCGCAUCGACAACCACUCCUCCGAGGUCAGCUCCCUCCCUGCACAGUUGGCCGCCAAGGAGGCGAAGCUGCACGACCUGGAGGACAUCCUGGCCAGGGAGCGCGAGACCAACCGGCGCCUGCUGUCAGACAAGGAGCGGGAGAUGGCCGAGAUGCGGGCACGCAUGCAGCAGCAGCUGGAUGAGUACCAGGAGCUGCUGGACAUCAAGCUGGCUCUGGACAUGGAGAUCAACGCCUACCGCAAGCUGCUGGAGGGCGAGGAGGAGCGGUUGAGGCUGUCCCCCAGCCCCUCCUCCCACAAAGGGGGGUCCCGUAGCCACAUGUCCUCUGCCCCGGGCUCCUCCAAGAAGAGGAAGCUGGAGGACAGUGAGAGUCGGACCAGCUUCUCCCACCACGCCCGGACGAGCGGCCGCGUUGGGGUGGAGGAGGUGGACCUGGAGGGACGCUUUGUCCGCCUCAGGAACAAGUCCAACGAGGACCAGGCGAUGGGGAGCUGGCAGGUCAAGAGGCAGAAUGGAGACGACCCCCCCCAACCACCGCAGUUCACCCUGAAGGCUGGUCAGACGGUCACGAUCUGGGCCUCGGGGGCCGGGGCGACCCACAGCCCCCCCAGCAACGUGGUGUGGAAAGCCCAGAGCAGCUGGGGCUCCGGGGACAGCCUGCGCACCGCCCUGAUCAACUCCAACGGGGAGGAGGUGGCCAUGAGGAAACUGGUCCGCACCGUGAUCAUCAACGAUGAGGAUGAGGAUGAGGAUGAUGAGGAAGUCAGCAUCCGCCACCACCAUCACCAUGGCAGCUGCGGGGGGCCGGGGGACCCCGGCGAGUACAACCUGCGCUCGCGCACCGUGGUGUGCGGCACGUGCGGGCAACCGGCCGACAAGCCGGGCAACCCGGGCACCGGCGGCAGCACCGUGUCCUCGGGCUCCUCCACCUCCAGCGUCACCGUCACCCGCAGCUACCGCAGCAUCGGGGACUCCGGCAUCGGCCUCGGGGACAGCCUGGUCACCAGGAACUACCUGCUGGGGAACUCCAGCCCCCGCCGGCAGGCCCAGGCAGUGCAAAACUGCAGCAUCAUGUAA